AUGAACCAGGAUAUAAAUGCAUUUCUCAAAAACUUUUUAACGUCCUUGGACGCUCAGUACAACUCGGCGGGUCAAUCGUACACCAAUAUCGAAUCAUAUGCUACUCAGUUUGGCUCAAGUUUAAAACGAGAUGCGGCUAUAAUUGUCAAUGGCACACCUCUUGUACCCACGCCUGUGGAGGACGCCAAGCUACAGUUCCAGAAAAAGUGGUUGAGCAUGCCCAAUUCAUCUCACCAGUUGACCAGUUUUGAUUGCCAUUUGAUACCAGGAACCAACACAUUCAUCAUCAAUUUCGCAGCAAGAGUCAAGUUUGACCAAGGUGGAAAGAAUAGAUUGGGAGAGUCUGCCGAUUUGAUACAGGAAAACUCCAUUGUCAAAACGUCAAGGUCUAUAUGGGGGUCAUGGUUUGGCGUCAAUGGAAAUUUGGUCAUUGACAGCAACAUCAAUGCGCCAGAGGUUAUCAAUAGCCUUGAUUAUAGAUUUACAUAUGUGCCCAAGGACACAACUUUUAUAGUUUGA